ACAUGGCGGAGGUGAUAACCCAAUUAACAAUGCAAUUGUCAAUCUGCACAGCGAUAUUCACCCCAAUAUGAUUUGGCGAUUUUUGCCGGUCAAAGACGAACGGGGCAAAGACGAAUGGGGCUACAUUGAGCACCUAUCAAGUGGCAAGAUCCUUCAUCCAUUUGGUGGCGGUCAUGAUCCAUGGGACGAAACCCAUCUUGUGCUUCACCGCGACCGCCACCGUGGUGCGCUGUUUAAAAUUGACCAAGUGAACAACCACAUAAUCCACAUGAGUGGCAAAUACGUUCAUCCGAGGUUUGGAAGAUCAGAUGCUGGCAACUAUACACAGGUCACGUUGCAUAGCAACCUCCACAAACAUAUGGAAUUUAGAUGUUUUUCCAUCGACAAUCCCAACAAAACGUUCUUGGUAUACGGUGCGCCGAUCGUAGGUGGAGAAUGGAAAAUAAUUCACAAGGCAAUUAAUCCAACAGUCGAUUGCACAUUGGCUAUAGAUGUUAAACUCGGUUGUGCCUCUGCGGAAAAAGUACGUGAGACCGAGCGUUUCAAAUACAGAUGGGAGGCAUCAUUCGGAGUCGAGAAUGUAGAAUAUUUCAGCCAGUCAGCAUCACAGUUGUUAAAGCACUACAUAGGCGUCUCCUCACCUCAAACAUGGGAGGACGAAACAACAACGAAAAUAGAAGUAAAGUGUAUGUAUAUUUGA